AUGGCCGCCUCAACCGCCGUGACCGCGCGCGCGUUCGCUGCCGCGUCCCAGCGCGCCUUCUCCAGGCGAGAUUCCUCUGGGUGCGUAUUCAGAGCCCAGAUCUCUGCGUCUCAUCCGAUCCGCGCUCACCGCGCUCCCUCCACGGCCGGUUCCGCGCCGCCCCGAAACCCGACGCUUCGAACCUGA